AUGAAGUCGACACUUGGUUUGAUUAUUAUAACCAGUAUCGCAUUAUUACAAAAUAAUAAUAAUGAAGAUCCCUUGGUAGGUGAUUUGAUGAAAGUUAUAGUGGAAAUAAAUAAACUUGAACUUAAAACAAAUAAAGGCCAAACAUUGCUUCAUUUAUGUCUUAAUUAUGAUACAAAUGUUGACAAUAUUUUCACAACAGGAAUUUGCUGCUUUCCAAACUUUCUUGCAAUGAAAUUAUUAGUUCAUUGCGGAGCAAACGUAGAUGCAGUUGACAAUGAUAAAAAUACAGCCCUCCAUUACAUUGGUAAAUUCAUAACAGAUUUUCCUCACAUACCACACGACAGUGAUUACUUAGACACAAGAAAAAUGGUCAUGGAGUUGUUGAAUGCUGGUGCUCAUACAGAUUUUGUAAACAAAUUGGGGGUUUGUCCUCAUACAGGAUAUCUGUCGAAGUUAUUUCAUUUAACAAACAAUAUGCCAAGGAGUUUGAAAUGUUUAUCUGCCAGUGUGCUCAAGUACCGAUGUCCAAAAAAAUAUUACCGCAAUCAAUUGCCAAAAACAUUAGUACAAUUUACUAAUUUACAUUAA